UCAUUUGAAGCGACGCACUCAGACGGACCCGAGAGCGCUCCUCAAAUUCAAAGCCAAAGCAAAUCUACCUCAGUGUCUCUCUCACUGCUUCUCCUCUGUUUUUUUUCCUAUUCUAGAGAGAGAGAGGGAGAGAGAUUAUUCGGUGGUUUCUAUCUUCUGCAACUUUUGGAGCUCUGCAAGUGGGCAUGGAAAAAGGCGGUGGUUUGGCUUUUGUGGAAAAGUUUUGAAUGAUUUAGAGAGGUGUGGAAUUAAAUUAAAAUACUCGGAAUUAGUGAGGAAAACAUAAGGUGGAGAAGAUGAUAGAUCUAUAGCUCUUCUUCUUCUUCUUCUUCUUCUUCUUCUUCUUCUUCUUGUUUGGUAGGUUAGGGUUUUGUAGUUGAGAAAACAAAUUACUUGUAAACAACAAAAAGCUAUUCGAACAGAGAGAAAACUGGGAGUGAGCAAGAAAUUUCUUACUUCAGCAAACUACUUCACCUGAUACUGCAGUUCAGAACAAGCUGCCAUGGAUGAUUAUGAAGCAACAAGGAUAGUGUUCUCAAGAAUCCAAAGCUUGGACCCAGAAAAUGCCUCAAGAAUCAUGGGUCUGCUUCUUCUGCAAGACCAUGCUGAAAAGGAGAUGAUAAGAUUGGCCUUUGGCCCUGAAGCUCUUGUCCACUCGGUCAUUCUCAAGGCCAAAAGAGAGCUCAGUCUCUCUCUUCCUAACCUCUCUUCUUCGUCUACAUCUCCUCCUACUCCUUCAACACCUUCUUCUCCAUCUCCUUUUCUACCAAACCCUAGGCAGAGCUCUUUUUCUUCAAGGGUUUUCUCUGCUAACAUCCCUCCCCUCACAAUCCCAAACAGCUCUUCUUCUUCCUCUUCUUCCCCUGAUUUGCCAAGUGGAGACACCUUGGUCAGUCCCAGUAAAGGCGGAGGCUCCUCUCUGAACCCAGCUUCUUUACCCUUUUAUGGCAAUGGAGGAGGAGCUUCUUGUGAUGUCAUGGAUGAUUUCACACUUCAAGAACAGCUUUCUUUCUUGAAUGACAACAAAAGUAACAUGAACCCCUCUAUCAAUCUUGUCAGCCCGAGAAACUCAUCUGAGCAGCCGUUUUAUUACCAGCAGCCUGACUUGUCCUCAAGCCCACCUGCAAGAAAUGGAAACACCAACGCAGAUCCCAUACUCUUCCCUCAUUAUUGGGGAUCUGGGUCUCUCCAUAGAAGAAGCUUCUCAGUUUCGGAUGUCUUGCCGAGUGAAGAUUCUGUUUCAGGGCUUGGUGGGUGGAGGCCAUGCUUGUACUAUGCAAGGGGGUACUGUAAAAAUGGAAGUAGCUGCAGAUUCGUCCAUGGCGACCAAGCUGGUGGAUUUGAAAAUGGCUCUCCAAACAAGAUUGAGAUGAUGGAGCAGUGCCAUGAGAUUCUCAGAUCCAAAUCUGCUUCUCACCACCAAAGAUUCCCAUCUGCUUCUCAGCUCAUGGGUGGUUCUUCUUUCCCUUACCCUCCCAAAGGGAUCAACUUUCUUCUUCAGCAGCAACAAAAUGAGACCCAGAGAGCUGCUGCAGCUGCUGCUGCUCUGAUGAUGGAUGAAGAUUUGCACAAGUUUGAAAGAUCAAGGCUUGAGAGGAGCGAUUACAGUGCUGCUGCCAUGGCAAGCCCGGCUUCCAGACAGAUCUACUUGACUUUCCCUGCUGACAGCACAUUCAAGGAGGAAGAUGUCUCCAACUACUUCAGCAUGUACGGGCCUGUACAAGAUGUGAGGAUCCCUUACCAGCAGAAGAGGAUGUUCGGGUUUGUGACAUUCGUGUAUCCAGAGACAGUGAAAACCAUCCUCGCGAAAGGAAACCCUCACUUUGUUUGUGAUGCAAGAGUUCUUGUAAAGCCUUACAAGGAGAAAGGCAAAGUUCCAGACAAGUACAGGAGCAAGCAACUAUUGGAUCGGGUGGAGUUAUUGUCACCUUGUGGUACCCCUACUGCUCUAGAUUCUAGAGACCCAUUCGAUCUCAGCCUCGGGGCAAGGAUUUUCUACAACAACAACAGCCAAGAUAUAUGGAGAAGGAAGCAUGAAGAGCAAGCCCUUGAGCUUCAGAGCAGGAGAUUGAUGAAUCUGCAGAUUCUUGAUGUGAAAAAGCAUAACCAUCACCGCACUUUAUCCACUGGGAACUCGCUCCAUCCCCCGAGCCUCUUCAAUCAGUCGCUCCCUCUUUCUCCGUUCAGUCGUGGCCAAGAACCUCUCCCUCUAGGUUCUAUGAACUCGUCCUCCGAGAUUAACGGGUUCUGCUCCGAAGAAUCUUCGGAUCAUGGUAACGGAAAAGAAAGCCCUGCAGAAAGUUUGGAACACAAUUUACCCGACAGCCUGUUUGCGUCGCCCACGAAAGCAUCCUUUGCCGGUAAAUUCCUCUCCCCCUUCUCGGCCGGAGACAACAACGAGUCACAGGACGACAACAACAACAAAGACUUGUAUUCAUCUUCUUGUGUUAGCAGUAAUAGUAACAGUGCGAUAGACAUGGCGUCGUUCAAAUCGUACAAUUGCCAAAUGCCGAGGUUCUCAUCAGGGCAUGGGGCAAUCGGAAUGUACACAGGCAACGGCGGUCCAACGUGCCCUGUCGGAAUCUGAUAAUAAGCUUUCCUUCGAUUUUAGGGAAGGGUGUGAAGCUGAUAAAAAAAAAUAACCAAAGAAAAACAAAAGUAACCUCACAUCAAAAAGAUGUUGUAGAGAUCCUCCUCCAUUACCACCACCAAAAGACAUGUUACUUUCAUCAUCAUCAUCCAUCCUCACCAUCCAUCAUGUGUGUCUCUGCCCCCCAAUACAACCAAAAUGCAUACAUUAUAAAACAAACCCCAGCAGCCGCAGCAGAGGAGGGGCAGUCACGUGCUCUCCUAUUUUUAAUCCUUUUUAUAUUAAAAAAAAAGAAAGAAGCAAAAAAAAAAAAAGACAGAAGUGAAAAGAAAUUACAAUACUUCUUCACUUAUAUAUAUAUAUACUAUAUGUAGCAAUCAGUCAUAUGUAACAUGUAAUGUAACUCCCUUUGGAGAGAGGAAUGAAAUGGAGAGUCAACCAUA